CCCCUGCACCCGGCUACCCACCACAGCAAGGCGUACCACCACAGCAAGGCUACCCACCACAGCAAGGCUACCCACCACAGCAAGGCUACCCACCUCAGCCUGGCUACGCCCCUCAACCCGGCUACGCCCCUCAGCCCGGCUACCCUGCUGCCCAACCCGGAUACGCACCCCAACCCGGAUACGCACCCCAGCCUGGCUAUGCACCCCAAGCUCAGAACCAGAUGAUGUCCAACACUGUUGUUGUGACGGCCCCACCAGCUGUCCAGCAGAGUACUGUAGUAGUCCACAACCAACAACGUCGCGGUGUGAACCAUGUGUUGCAUUGCAUCAUUACAUUCUUCUUUUGGCCAUGGGUAUUCGUCUGGAUCAUCCUGUGCAUCACAGAGGGGGCUUAAAAACCCUGACUGGACAUCUGAGAAACUCUGCUAAGACAAAGAGACGAGACACCACCUGAUCAUCUUUCACCUUUCACCUUUGAACUUUGACCUCUUUUGCCUGCAUGCAUCCAGCACUCUCUAUUCUUCCAAGUUUGGUAUGUGCUUUCAAUCACCCCAUGGUGUCUUGGAAAGAAUAAAUAGAAAAAUGUCUUUUUGACUGGUUAUAAUUUCUUCCUAUUUCUUAUUUUCUUUAGUGCAUACUGUUAAAUACUGUAUCAUUACGACAUGAGAGGUCUGUAAAUAACAAAUAUACUGGGAAUUCAUGUGUAAUUGAAAUGGCUAUUAUUAUUUUUUUAUUUUAAGCCUUACUAAAAACCUACAUGUUAUUCAACAAUUUGUAUCCUCUUUUCUAUUAGAACUGCCCAUCAGCAUUGAAUUUGGGUCUGUUAUUAAUAUACUAAAAUUCAUGUGUAAUUGUAAUGGCAAUCUGUUAUGAAAACCUACAUGUUAUUCAACAACUCAUAUCCUCUUUUCUAUUAGAACUCCCCAUCAGCAUUAAAUAUGACUCAUUGGUCAAACUACUUUGCCCGUUUUAUUGUUUAGCACAAUUUCCUUAGAAUAUAUGUACACAGACUGUACAUUUUAGUUAGUGUACAAAUUAUGCUUCUACUGUAUAUUGGGUGAUUGUAUGCUUUCACUUUCAGUUUCCAUUACGUUAGUACUUAGCAUGUGGGUGGGAUGUGCCAGCAUGUAUAAAAUAUCCCUCUUCAUGAUGUUAGUGUAAAUUGGAAUUUAAUACAGCCCUUGCCAUUUGCUGCCAAAUGAAGAACACUUUACUUAUUAGAUGCUGGUAUGAAACAUAUCAAUUUGCGUCUCGUGUGGUAUAUAGAUUAUACAUAUAAACAAUUGUAUGUACAUGUGUCUGCCUAUUAGAAUUUAUUAUUUUCAGAAUAAUUGCCUCUGUUUUGUGCAAAAAUAUACCUGGUACAUUGGCCAAAAGAGUCAAGAUUAUCAGUACCAUCUUUAUCCAUGUUUGUUGCAUUUGAUGCUAGAGCAAGGUAAAAAGGACAUCCUUAAAUUGGCAAAAUGUGGAAGUCUUCAAAAGGCUUUUCCCAUGCAAUAACACCUUGUUACUUUUAAAAUUAUGAAAUAGCUUUAUAUGAGAAAUAGGUUGCAAUAAAAGACAAUUGGAAUUGUUGCCAAUUUGAAGAAGAAAAGCUGAACCCAUAUUAUUUUUUUCUGAAUGAAAACUAAAUAUAAAUACUUAAGGCUGAAAUCCUAUGAAGAUGUUACAAAUAACAUCAAGGGAAUGCUGACUCUAUAUUAAAUACUCUUUUUUUUUAGUCCUAUUUUGCAUUUUUAUUAAAAUGGCCCUUUGCCCUUUACACAUGUUCAUCUAGGUCUUUUGAAAACUUGUUUCUUGGGAUAUUGAAAAAUAGAAAUGUUAUUUGAAAAUAUAUUUCUUUACCGUCCACCACUUUUUAUUACCAUCAUCUAGCAUCACCUUUUAUAACAUUUAAAGAUGGUGUUAUUGACAAAGUGUUAAAACUGCCAUAAUAUUAAUCUCAUAUUGAAAGCCACAUGGAUAAUAUUUGUAUAAAGUGGAUUGAUCUUUGGGGCUUCUUGGCUGAAAUUGAAUAUUACAAAUAAUUUGAAAUCAUUUUGUUUACCCCAUUUAUUGCAAAUUUGCAGUCAUACAUUCAAGCAUUCAGCAUUACGAAACACUACCAAGAAAUUGAAACUGAAGCAUGUCAAGAAACGGCAUCAAACUUCAAUAAUUUUGAAAUAUGAUGUUGAAUAUUGAAGUGGAUUUUGAAAUAUGGAUUUAUUAAAUCUGCUUGAUUUUAAGAGACCUCGGUUAGGCACAAUCACUUUAUUGUAGGAUAUUAAUGGUAUUCAGUACAUGUGUGAGGUUGUGAAUUUAUUUUGUUGUAUUGUUAAAAAAUGGGUUCAGGUCAAAUAUACAUUUACAAGUAGGUGGAGUCAUUUGGGACCAAAGUCUAAUCUUCUAGUUUAUAAAGAAGUAUUGUUAUAUCUUUAUGGCUAAACAUUAUCUGACAACCCUGUAGUCACAUAUUUUAUUAGCCUUUUUGUUAUUUGCUACUGAUAUACAACUCAUGUAUUUGUUGUGUAUUAUUUUUUGCCUUCUAUGUUUUUUUGUUUUCACUGUAAUGCAAUGUGAACAAUUUAGAAUUGUCACUAGGGAGACAGUACUAUCCUAUCAAUUCAAAACAAUCAUGACAAAAAAACAAUGUUAUUAUUAAUACAAAAUCAUGUAUUUUAUGUAAUGAUUUUCAAAAUCUGAUAAAUAUUUUACCCUCUAUGUCAUGAAAAUAUCACCUUGCCAGUGAUCAUGCUUUGUUUGAGGAAUUAUGCCCUUCAUCAUAUUAAUAAUUAUAAUAAUAAUAUGUUUUCUUAUGUUUAGGUUUAGGAAUGUGUAUAAUAUUUGUGAUAUAAGAGAGCUGAGACACAAGAGUACAUGCCAACACUUAUUAUGCAAUAUAUAACCUUAUGAAGAGAGCACAAUAUGGCUGCACAAUAAUGCUUUAAAAGGGCUUUAAAAAUUGUACUAAGAGUUCUGAUUUGUACUUGUAGUUGCAUCCUUUUCUAUAUUCUUAUUUCUAUGGUUUCGACUUGGUAUAGAUGAAUGAUUAAAACGAUAUGUUCCUCUCAUUUAUCUCACUACUUUGAGUAGGACCUACAUAUUUUACCUGUAUGUGUGAAAGUCUAUUCAUAAACUGAAUUCGGUAAACUACAUAUAUACCUGAUUAAUGUUCAUACUGAUUAAGAAACAUAGACAAUUAUUUCGAAGAAGAUAGCUUUAGCAAGGGUCCCCCCCCCAAAAAAAAAGGAUAGUAAAAUAGAAUAUGGAAUUAAUGAUAUUAACUUUGUUGAAUGUAUCAUGUUAUUGCAUGUAUAUUUAAAGGAUGUUCUUAACAUUUGUCAGAGAGUUAAGUCAUUAAAAGUAAUGGUUAUUUUUCUCUUAAAUUUAUUUUUGAUAAUUAUGUGAAUAUAAUAUGAUAUUUUUGUAGUGUAAGUCGUGUGUUAGUAAUCUUUAAACAAUCAUUGUACUUUUGAAUCACAUGUACAAGGGAAUCACCUCAAGCUCAAUAAAAUAAUGAUAUUGUCAUUUUGUGCCUUAUGAAGGCGAUGUAAUAGCAUUCAAACUGUAGUCUUUAUUUUGGGUUUACUUUCAGUCACACAUUAAAGAAAUGACUUUUGUAAAUCUGUUUUCUUUUGGGGUUUAUGUUACAAUUAAAUGUGUAUAAGUUGUGCGAGCUUUAAUCAGCGUCUUGAAUAUAUUUUACUUUUUUAUUGAUUGGUUUCAUUAUUCGCUGUAUGUUUUACCUAAUAGUUCAUAUGAUGUACCUUUAUUUACCCCAUGAUAUUAUGCUAUUAUGCAUUUAAUUCUGUACUUAAUAGACCAACAUCCCACAAGACUGAAAAAUUCAGUACUUAAGGUGAAACUUUUUAAAAAGUUGUUUGAUGGCCUACAUUACCAACAAUAUCAUUUGGUAGGCUGUGACAGCCUGUCAGCCUCAUGUACUGUCCGACCCAGAGGCUAUAGCUGUACUAAAUUUAACAGGGAUUGAUUCUAGUAUGGGCAUAGGGGUGCAGGCAUAUUUUUGCAUGGGGGUAGAUGCCUUUUGCCCAAAUACCAAUACUGUACAUUUUCUAAAAAUUUCUACAUACACAUGUACGAGCAAAGCAAGUCACAAAAUUUGAGACACUUUUUUUAAUAAAUAAAAUGACAUAGAAAUUGUGUAUCUGGGCACCUCAUUUUAUUUUAGCAUCUCAAUGCCCAAAUAUUAGGAUAUUCAAGCACCUUACUGCCUGAAUAUGAGAUGGUGGUUGCAUCAAAAAAAAAAUAUUGGAUCUUUGAAAAUCCUGGGGGAGAUGAGGGGUCUACAGCCCCCCCCCCCCCCUCCCAACCUCCUAUGCCCACACGUAUGCGUAUAAUUGUUGUCUCCUGUGCCAGUCCCCUCUGUAAUUGUACAUUUUGUAUGCAUUCCAAUUAUCAUUUGUUUGUGGCAUUUUAUCAACUCAAGAAUAAUUUGUACAUUCAAAAAAUUUCGAAUCACGUAGUACAGUAGUACAAACAAGUUUUGUCAAACAACACAAUACACGUGUUUUUAUGCAAUUUAUAUUUUUUCAAUAGUGGUAAUAGUGGUGUGAGAAUUUUCUUUGAAUUAAUUAUAGUGUAAGAAUUUCUUGAUUUAUAUGUACUAUUAUGUUAUUCAAGAUGUGAGCACAUGCUGUGUUGUAGGACAAUUGUCAAGAUAUUAAUGAAUGAAGUUGCAUUAACGCAACUCUUUGAAAUAAAUAUAUUUCCACUACUCUGAA